GCAGGCGCCAUCCUCAUGCUGAGUGCUGCGUCUCGAGCUGUGGCUCGUGCCACUGCCCGCUGCGCGCGUUGCUCCCAGCGACUCGCGGUCAGAACAGUCACCAUGGCCGGGACGCAGCCGCAGGUUGCCUCGGGCACCCUGGCUCAGCCCGCCACAGUGCUGGGCACCAUGGAGAUGGGGCGCCGCAUGGACGCGUCCGACAGCGCCGCGGCCGUGAGCGCCUUCCUGGAGCGCGGCCACACGGAACUGGACACGGCCUUCAUGUAUUGCGACGGCCAGUCGGAGAGCAUCCUGGGCAGCCUGGGGCUCCGGCUGGGCAGCGGCGACUGCAGAGUGAAAAUUGCCACCAAGGCCAACCCUUGGGAUGGGAAGUCCCUGAAGGCUGACAGUGUCCGGUCCCAGCUGGAGACGUCGCUCAAACGAUUGCAGUGUGCCCAGGUGGACCUCUUCUAUCUACACGCACCUGACCACAGCACCCCCGUGGAAGAGACACUGCACGCCUGCCACCAGCUGCACCUGGAGGGCAAGUUUGUGGAGCUUGGCCUCUCCAACUAUGCUGCUUGGGAGGUGGCCGAGAUCUGUACUCUCUGCAAGAACCAUGGCUGGAUCCAGCCGACAGUGUACCAGGGCAUGUACAACGCCACCACACGGCAGGUGGAAACAGAGCUCUUCCCCUGCCUCCGCCACUUUGGACUCAGGUUCUACGCCUACAACCCUUUGGCUGGGGGCCUGCUGACCGGCAAGUACAAGUAUGAGGACAAGGAUGGGAAACAGCCUGUGGGCCGCUUCUUUGGGAAUAGCUGGUCUGAGACCUACAGGAAUCGCUUCUGGAAGGAGCACCACUUCAAAGCCAUUGCCCUGGUGGAGAAGGCCCUGCAGACAGCUUACGGCUCCAGUGCCCCCAGCAUGACCUCGGCUGCCCUGCGGUGGAUGUACCACCACUCCCAGCUCCAGAGUGCCCAUGGUGAUGCCAUCAUCCUUGGCAUGUCCAGCAUGGAGCAGUUGCAGCAGAACUUGGCAGCAUCUGAGGAAGGGCCCUUGGAGCCUGCUGUCGUGGACACCUUUAACCAAGCCUGGCAUUUGGUUGCCCAUGAAUGUCCCAACUACUUCCGCUAG